GGGAGCUGGUGGGGGGGAGCAGUGGGGGGCACCCAGCUGGGCUGAGUGUCCCUCAGAAGGGCAGGGUCCUGCUGCGCCUCACGGUCAGUGGCUGGCAUGGAAUUGGGGGCAGUCCCUGCAUGGCAUCUUCUCUCUCUUGCACUCACGGUACCCCACGGCACCUGGAUUGGCAUGGGGAUGGCACUCCCCCGCAUGGCUUCACUUCUAUCCCGAACCACAGGAGUGGGGCUGCCCUGUUCCUUCUUGCUGGGGAAACCGAGGCAUGAGGGUAUGGCGUGGAGCAACGCAGCUCAGCCAGGCUUUUGGCACAGCUCGAGACAGGAACAGUGCCUGGUGCAUUACGGUGUCACCUGGCCACUGCCAUCGCCUGUAGGGGUGCCACUGGAAGAUGUCAGGCUCUGCAUGGGGAGGUUGGGUGUGGUAGGGAGUGUGUAGGUGCAUGUGGAGGUUGCAGCUGCCCGUGGGGUGUAGCAGAGGUGUUGGAAUCUCAUCAUGAAUAGGAGGAAUUGGGGAGGGGGCAGAGGCAAGGAGCAUGCCGCACCGAGGGCGGGUACCCGUGGGCACACAGGGGUGCAAGUGGCUCUGGAUGUGCAUCAGGCGGAGGAGCGGAGUGGGCCGGCAUGCUGCCGCUGGCUGUGCAGCACCGGUGUGUUUGCGCACGUGCAGCUGGGCAGGGCAGUAGCUGGGGGGGUGCACGGAGGUGACGUGUGCGUGGGGGAUGGCUGCGGUUGUGCAGGUGGCAGGAGGCAUGUGGGGCGCUGGGGGUUGCGCCUGUGUGGUCCCAGGGUGCACGUGAGAGUCAUCACCACCCAUGGAUGAGCCUGGGUGCAUGCAGGGAGCGUCCCUGGGUCUGCAGGAUGGAUGUGCACAUCACUGUGCAUCUGCAGGGCAUGGAGAGCAUCGGCCAUGGUCUUUGCCGCCCACUACGUCACGGGGGCUGGACAGCCAUCUGUGACGCUUCUCCCCCCACCACGGUCAGGGUUUUGCUGGCAGGAUUCUGCUCAUUGAUCUUGAAGUUGCAGCAUCGCUCCUGCAUCCAUAGGUCUAUUACAGAGAGGGAAACUGAGGCAAACAGCUUCUCCCAGUAUGGUGGGCAAGGCUGGGUCCUUCUUCCUUUUGGAGACCAGUACUCCCAGUGCAGGUGCCGAACUGGUCAGCCUUACCUGGGUUUGAAAGUGCAGGAGGCAGGCGGGAGCACAGGCAGCACACUGGCCCCAGUGGGUGCCAUCCCUGGCUGAUGGGGGUGAUGUGCUGCUGCAGGGCAGGGAACCCCCUGCAACCCUGGUGUCCCCUGGGCUGGGGAGGGGGAGCUGGCGCGUGGCAGAGGUUGGUGCCGAGGGCACUAUGCCCGGGUGUCUCUGGUCAAUGGGCUUGUUGUGCCAGGCGCCUGUGCUGCCGGGUGCCAGCUGGGAUCCCAGUGGUGGUGGUGAAGGCUGCAGCAAAGCCUCCUCCAUGCCUAGAGAUGCACUUACCCGCCUUUGUCUUGGUAUGGGGGAGCCAGGCAAGCGGGGGCUGCAGCAAGAGGUUGCUGCGGGUCUUUCCUCUCUCACGCAGCGGCUGCCAGUGCGGCCAGCUGUUCUCCCCAGAGAGCCCAUGGGCGGACAGCGAGCAGUGCCGGGGUCGGGUGCCAGCCCUGCCAGAGAAGGGGAGUUAGCCCCAGGGUGCUGGGAGCACCCCAUGGCAGAUGCCCACAGAGGCUGGCAGCCAGGCAGUAGGUAUGUUUGCCAAGCCAGCAGCUCCCCCCGCAGUGCCCAUCACCCUGGCAUCGUGCCUGUGGCCUCGGCUGGGGAGCGGAGAGCCGGAUGUCUCCUCUCCCUCCCUUCCCUCCCCGCUUCCUGGGGGGAAACUGAGGCCCGGGAGUGUUUCCCAAGGCCAGGGUGAGUUUCUAUGGAAAUGGAAGAGGGAGUCCGGGUUCUCAGCUGCCGGCGCGGGCACCCGCUUAACAAGGGAGAAAGCGGCACAUUGAUGGGAGCCCAGCCCCCUGGGCACGCAUCCCAGCCCCGGCCGAAAAUAACCCCUCCCGGGGAGCGCUGCGCGGGCAGCCAGCCGGCACCAAACCCCGCUGUCGGCCAGGGUUCCCCAGGAAGCACCUCCAGCCAGAGGGUGACCCCAGCUCUGCCUGCUGUUGUCCCCCCCUCCCCGGCCCUGUUGCGUUGGAGAAGGGGAGGGCCAGCCGGGAAGAUCGAGAGCAGGACGGAAGGAGUGGGAGAGCUACAGCCUGCGUCUGGCCGACGGACACCCCGAACCCCCUUCUGCCCACUCUGGGGGAUACAUGGGGCAGCCGAGCCUGGUGGGCAUCUCUGUAGCCAAGCUGACAGGGUUGCGAGUGCCCCGGCUGCACUGAGUGGGCUCUGCCGUGGGACGCCAGCACCGGGAAAGGGACAUCGGCAGUGCCAGGGGCCAGCGGCGGGCAGCCAGGCAGGAUGCGACGCUUCCAGGCUUUGCGCCGAUCCUUCCCCUUCCUCACCCGCUUCCGCCUCUACCGAAGGCUGAACUGUAGCAUGCAGACAGAGGAAGGCACAGACUGGCUGCUGGAGCUGCUCACAGAGCUGCAGCUGCAGCAGUACUUCCUGCGCAUCCGGGAUGAGCUCAACGUUACCCGCCUCUCCCACUUUGAGUACGUCAAAAAUGAGGAUCUGGAGAAGAUUGGUAUGGGACGCCCUGGCCAGCGGCGGCUGUGGGAGGCAGUGAAACGAAGGAAAGCCAUGUGCAAGCGGAAAUCCUGGAUGAGCAAGGUGUUCAGUGGAAAGCGCCCUGAGUCAGAGCUGCCACCCCAGCCCCAGAGCACCUUCCGCAAGCCCCCCACACCACCGCCACCCGAAGCUGGGGGCCAGCAUUCCCUCACCUGCCUCGUACGGGAGCGGGACCUCACGCUCUUCGAGAAGUUGGGCGAUGGCUCCUUCGGUGUUGUGCGUCGCGGGGAGUGGUGCACCCCUGCCGGCAAGACGCUGAACGUGGCCGUGAAGUGCCUCAAGACGGAUGUGCUGAGCCAGCCAGAGGCACUGGACGACUUCAUCCGGGAGGUGAACGCCAUGCAUUCCCUGGACCACAGGAACCUUAUCCGCCUCUAUGGUGUGGUGCUCUCCCACCCCAUGAAGAUGGUGACAGAGCUGGCCCCACUGGGCUCCCUUCUGGACCGCCUGCGGAAGAACCAGGGCCAUUUCCUCAUCUCUACCCUCUGCCAGUACGCCAUCCAGGUGGCCAAGGGCAUGGCCUAUCUGGAAUCCAAGCGCUUCAUCCACCGCGACCUGGCUGCCCGCAACAUCCUGCUGGCCUCCAACGAGCUGGUGAAGAUCGGGGACUUCGGGCUUAUGCGAGCCCUGCCCAAAAAUGAUGACCACUACGUGAUGCAAGAGCAUCGCAAGGUCCCCUUCGCUUGGUGUGCUCCCGAAAGCCUGAAGACGCGUACCUUCUCCCAUGCCAGUGACACCUGGAUGUUUGGAGUGACCCUCUGGGAGAUGUUCACCUAUGGGCAGGAGCCUUGGAUUGGCCUCAAUGGCAGCCAGAUCCUGCACAAGAUAGACAAGGAGGGUGAGCGGCUGCCGCGGCCUGAGGACUGUCCCCAGGAUGUCUACAAUGUCAUGCUGCAGUGCUGGGCCCACAAGCCUGAGGACCGACCCACCUUUGUGGCCCUGCGGGACUUCUUGGUGGAGGCCCAGCCCACCGACAUGAGGGCACUGCAGGACUUCGAGGAGCCAGACAAGCUGCACAUUCAGAUGAACGACAUCAUCACGGUCAUCGAGGGCAGGGCCGAGAAUUACUGGUGGCGGGGUCAGAAUAAGCGGACCCUAAAAGUGGGCCAGUUCCCCCGAAACACGGUGACCUCGGUGGCAGGGCUCUCGGCCCACGACAUCAGCCAGCCGCUUAAAAACAGCUUCAUCCACACAGGCCAUGGAGACACCAACCCGCAGCACUGCUGGGGGUUUCCCGAUAAAAUUGAUGAGCUGUACCUGGGAAAUCCCAUGGACCCUCCUGACGUUUUAGGUGCGGACCCGAGUGCUGCCAGACCCACACAACUUCCAGGCAGGGCUAAAAGGCAACCGCCUCCACGCCCGCCUCAGCCUACCGUCCUGCUCACCAAGCCCUGCUAUGACCCAGUCUGUGAGGAAGAGGAGGGUCUGCAGGGGGGUCUCCGGAAGCUUUGCCUGAAGAAGCCAGGUGCAGGGAAAGGUCUGCGACCAGUCAAGCCGUCGGCACGGGUACCAGGCACCAAGGUGGGCGAGCGACAACCUGGCCGUUUGGCAAGCGAGGGGCCAGCAGGCAGUGAGGUGACCCUCAUCGAUUUUGGGGAGGAGGUGCCCCAAGGUAGCCCUUCGCCAGUCGGGGAGCUAACAGCCCCAUCAUUGGCUAAGCUGGCCAUGGAGGCCUUCUCCUUGCUGGACAAGACCCCACCGCAGAGUCCCACACGGGUUCUACCCCGGCCUCUGCACCCUACGCCAGUGGUGGACUGGGAUGCCCGUCCUUUACCCCCACCACCUGCCUAUGAUGAUGUGGCACAGGAUGAGGAUGAUUUUGAGGUCUGCUCCAUCACCAGCCCCCCGAGCCGGCGGGGCAAGACUAAUUACGGCUUCGUGGAUGAGGGUGAGCGGGGGCCAGUAGUAGAGGACAACCUCUUCCUGCCCCCCAAGGAGACCAAGCAGCCCAGCCUGACACAGACUACUGAGCUCUUUGAGGAGUUGCAGCAGGAGUGCAUGAAGAGGCUUAAUGUCCCCCUGGGACCAGUUGCUCCUGUAGAUGACAAGCCCCAGAUCCCACCCCGUGUCCCCAUCCCACCCCGGCCCCUACGCCGCAAUGAGCCUGGGCGCUGGUCAGGGGACCUUUCCCCAGCUUCUGGGGGUGAGGAAGACCGGCCACCCCAGAUUCCUCCUAGGGACCCACUGUCGCAGCCCACCUCCCGAACGCCGAGCCCUAUGGCCCUGCAGGUGGGCUCCCCCCAGCAACGCACCGCCCUCUGCUCCUGCCUCUCCACCUCACCGGGGAAGCCCAUGCCCACCACGCAGAGCUUUGCCCUUGACCCCAAGUACGCCACCCCCAAAGUCAUCCAGGCACAGGGCAAGGACUGCUCCAAGGGACCCUGCAUCCUGCCCAUUGUGAAGGAUGGGCAGAAGGUUAGCAGCACCCACUACUACCUGCUGCCCGAGCGCCCUGCCUACCUGGACAAGUAUGAGAAGUUUUUCAAGGAGGCUAAAAGCCCUGAGGAGACGUCAGCAUCCCGCCUGGUCACCACAGCCACCGUCCGUCCCAUGGUGCAGCAGCCACUGCCAGACUGCAAGGCCAACUUCUCUUCCAACAACAGCAACCCUGGGCCCAAGUGCCUGGUGAAAGCUUCCUGCAGCCUCCAGAAGAUUGUGUAUGAUGGGCCAGAUGGCUGCCGUGCUGCUGACAAGAUCCGGCUGGUACAGGACACCGUGCAUGGUGUGACCACCGAGGAGUGCCAGGCAGCCCUGCAGAACCACAGCUGGAAUGUCCAACGGGCCAUCCAGUACCUGAAGGUGGAGCAGCUUUUCUGCCUAGGGCUGAAGUCCCGGGUCGAGUGCCACCGAGUGCUGGAGAUGUUCGACUGGAACCUGGCCCAGGCCAGUUCCCACCUCCUUGAUCCCUACAGCACCACCCGCCAAAAGCGGUGACAGCGGGGACGGGGCGAGCUGCGUCGGAUAUGGAGCAGGCACCUCUGCAGGGCCACCCCUCUGGUGCCCAUCCUCACCCAAGCAACCUUCUGCUGGACUCUGAACUGAGCUUCUCUUGGGGAAAUGGGGACACCUCAAAAGGGAGCCUGCCCAGCACCCCAAACUUGCCAGGAUGCCUGUGCCCUGACUUUGGCGAUGAGCUCUGUCCCCUGGUCCUUUGUUGAAUUGUUUUUGUAAAGAGAAAUGUUAAUUUUAAUAUAUAUAUUAUAUAUAUAUAAAUAUUCUAUGGAGAAGAG